UACAGCGUCUCGUUUACUGCGAGGUCUGGAGCUGCGCAUCCCCGUAGAUUCAUUUACAUUAUCGUUAAUUUAAGUUUCCGUCCGGUGCUCAGGACGCAGUCGCGGUGUCAGUCCAUCCGUUAUCUUUGCCACAAUGAUAUUAACUUCAGUAAUGGGUGAAUCCGAGGUUGUAACCAUCAGAAGAGCAGAAUCUCUAGAUGUUUAUGAUGUGAUCAAACUUCAAACGCCACUUACUGACAGGCUGUUUGGAAAAGUGAACGUUGUCUAUUUGCUGGAAAAAGCUAACCUGGCUGUGACCAUCAGUAAUGAGAAUAACACUGUGGUGGCUCAUGCUGCAUUUCUGGACUAUCCAAACUGGGAGAUCGUCGAUCAGGCGGAAUGGGAAGCGUGGUUUCACAAGGAAGUGGAGGGAAGCAGCAAGUGCACGCCUUUGAACACUUUGUUUCUCCACCUUUUUGUGUCCAAAGAUGAAUAUUCAUUAGAAAGCAUCCAAGAGAUCAUAAAGGUUGUUUUUGAUGCAGUUCCAGAUGUGCACUUCAUAUGCCUGAUAACACCAAAAAACGUUUCUUUAGAUCCAGCACUGGCGUCUGUGGUUGAACCCAUGAAGACUGUUCCAGGAUCAAAAUUUGCUGAGGAGUAUUCAGUGUCUAUGUGUUAUAGGCACAAACAUCGUCCCCAACUGUUUGUCCGGAAAGCUAGGGUAGAGGAUAAUGAUGACUUAGUUCCCAUAUUCAUGCGGCAUAAUGACACUCUCAGAGGCAUAUAUGGUGAAUAUUUCGUCUCCGAGUUGAUUGAAGCCCAAGAUGAGUGGAACCACGCUGCGGUUUGUGAGGACAAGGGCACUGCCGUAGGCUUCAUGAGCGUUAGUUCAAAGGUGAAUGUCCAGUUACUACAGGAGUGCUUUGACCUGGGACCUUUUCAUGGACUAUGCAAACCGCAUCCUGAUGAUGUUCUGGAACCAACAAAAGAACAAAGAUCUGUGAAGGAAGAUGUUGUAUUAAGCAGACAGGCAAGUCACGGGUCACGGUCGGUGUUAUCGCAGCAGUCAGACGUCAUCAGCAUUCAGGACACAGAUGAAAAGUUGGAUUUGAAGUCUGAUGAAGUAAUACUUUUAACUAAUGCCAAUGACAACACAGAGCCUGUGGAAGAAGAAGACAAUAACUUAGAACAGAAAGAAAAGUUGAGCAUGGCUUCGAGUGCAGAUGAUGCCAUCGCAGGUAUGAAUUACAAAUCCCUGGAUAUAGCGAGCCACCCAUUCCAGCCUGUGUACAAAGGUGACGUAACUGCCUUCUGCAUCCAGCUAUUCUGCAUCGAUGAAAAGCACCAGACAAGGUCAAUGGAUUUUUUAAAUUAUGUUUUCAGUCUCUUUCCCGACAAAGACUUCUGCAUUAUUACAGUACCUCACCUCACCCCCGAGUUCCCUUUGCUUCAAGGCUUUGUCCGUGCUGUUCCUUUAAGCACGAGUACUUUGUCUCAGGAGCUCUAUCUCUUCCACCGGGCUGGUUUAAUCAACUCCAUACAAGUGCGGGAGGCUAGAUCCAGUGAUGUCCCAGCUGUUGAAAAACUUUUAGAAACCCUGAAUGUUCAGGAUGGUGUACUAAAUGAUCUGAGAAUCUACAACCAAGCUCGGAGAGACUCUGAUGGGACUCCUGUCCAGGCGUUUGUCGCUGAAGUUGCAGACCAGAUUGUUGGUGUCUCUGUGCUCAGAAAUGAAGAGGACAUUGAAUACAUCCGCUCACAUUACAACAUUGAAGAUUUUAUAUAUUUCAACCACCACCAACGCGAUGAGCAUGGACUUCUACAACACUACACGUUGAGUCCUAUUUAUAAGCACUAUAGCAAGCAUUUCCUGAAAGAGAUUCUCCGUCUUUCCCAUAAAUCCUGCCUCUACUAUCCUGUAUAUCCACUAUACCAACAAAACCAGUUUAAGAAUCCCUGUGCCCAUUCUCUGACAUCUGCCCUUCAUUACAUGGUUCCCGUGCGACCAAGGCGACAGAUUGUGUAUCCUCUGGAAAAGCUUGGCAUAAAUGCUCCAUCAAAGCAGGUCUCCAAGGAUCAGCCAGGCUACGCUCUGUACCACAUCAAUCGAAAGCUUACCUUAGAGCCAAAGAUCACCAUUAACGCUCGUAUCGUGGUAGUGGGAGCCUCUGAUGUUGGGAUAUCUUUUUUGGAAACCCUCGUGUUUUGCCCACACUUGAAGUUCAACAAUAUCACUUUGAUAUCAACUCAUGGACUUCCAGGAAACGACCCACCUGUUUCUUCAAUGAAGUGCAACUUACUGGCUAGCAGCCACUGUUAUAAUGAUAAAGAUUAUGCACUGAUGUCACUUGGAUCCUGGGUUAAUGUUGUUCGUGGUAAAAUGACUGGCAUGGACAGAGCUGCCAAGUUUGUGAUUGUUUCCAAUGUCAGAAAAGUGCCAUAUGACCAUCUCAUUCUUUGCACUGGGCAACAAUACCAGGUGCCUUGCCCCACAGGAGCAGACAUCAGUCAACAUUUAACGAAUGGAGAUAUACAAGACUGUUCAAAGCAGAGAUAUACCGCCCAAAUUCCUUCCAAUCUAUUUACACUGCAAGAUGCAGAAGACUGUAUAAAGGCAACAAACUGGCUGAAAGACAAUGUCAUCCAGAAAGAAGGUAAUGUCAUUGUGUAUGGGAAUACACUUGAUAGUUACACCACAAUUUCCACCCUUUUGUCCCUCGGAAUUAGUGGCUCCCGCAUCCAUCUGGUGCAACCUCCACUUGCUUCCAGCGUUACUUGCUUUAACAACCAUGAAGUAGAAGAAGCUGUACAGAAAGCUUUAAUAGUGGCUGGUGUCACGUCCUACUACAGCUGUAAGCUAGCACAGUGGAAUGAUGGUGGCCACCCAGACCCGAUUCAAAGUGCCUCUUUUACCACUGAUACCAAGCCACUGAGAUUACAGUGUUCAGCAGUAUUUAACUUUGCCCAGAAGACAAUAGACUAUGACGCCUUCCGAGCCAUAAACAAUGCGUGUCUGGUGUACGACGGAAGGCUGGUAAUUGAUUCCACUUUCCACACAAAUGAUUCCUCCAUCAGGGCAGCAGGAUCCCUAACCAAGUACUCCAAAAAGUAUUAUGCAAAUGAAUGGUCGCAUAGCAAUUUCAGUUCAAAAGAAAUCGGAUUCCAGCUUGCUGCCAAUAUGCUGCAUCUUUUUGAUCCAACGCUUGAGCAAGCCACUGAGCUGCCAAAUGAUCUUGACAGACUUAUCCCAAUCUACCAAGGACCCGUGAUCCAAGGUGGCAUCGUUCCUGGAGGGUAUUACUACUUACAUGUAGCCAAACCUGCUAUUCCGUGUCCUUUACAAGCUCGUAUGGCACAGCCAAAUUACGGGCACGAGCUAGUCACCGGGAGCGCAGAGAAUGGUGAUUACUGUCGACUGCACAUCAAUCAGUACAAUAUGGUGGAAACAAUAACGUGUUUAUCACUGAAACCUUUUCCGGAAUCCAAUUUCAUCUGCCUUUACGGCCAGCACGAGCGGCUACUGAACAACCUGUGUGCUCGCUUUGAAGAGGGACUGAUCGCAGACUUUUUCAGCUACUUCAUGGAGCCGUGGUGCAUGGCCAUCUAUCACGAUCGGUUUAUUGAUUUCAAGAAAGAACUGCGUGAGAUCCUCGCAUCCAACAAAGUUCCUGACCAACCGUCAAUGACCCAGUUAACACAUGAAGUGGUGCAGGACAAAUUAAAUCUCUCAGAGCAGCCUAAGAAAUACCUGAAGAGAGUCCUUGAGGAUAAUGGAUACAGAAAAGAGAUGGAGAAAAGAAUCCUGAGUUACUUGAAUUACAACAGCAACCACUUGUCUAUGUUUGCAAGACCUGGAAUCAUUUAAAUAUAUUCCCUUACAAUAAAUAAUGGUUGAGUAAACAUGCAUUCUUCAAGGUCUCCUGUAGGGGGAGAUAGCGCCUACUGUCUACUGCCCCACAAACAGCAAUUAAACAUCUUUUUGCAGAAUUUGAGUGUGUU